GACCCCAACCGCAUCCCCGCCCGGAAAGUUGAUUCAAUGGAGGAGUUCAUUCCUGAAGUGAAUCCUCCCGAAAACCUCCUCCCCCGAAAGUCCCCAGACUUGAACCUCCUGGGCGCGACUACAGAACAGGAGGAUGAGCUACGAGGAGCACAGGCCUUGCCAGUCAAAGAACUGCGGGCGGCAUCUAGAUCGCCCACUCCUUCCCGUGCACCCCCUUCUCCUGGAGCCCGCAGCCUGACGCCUCAGCGAGAACGCAACAUCGAAGAGGAGCUCCAGAUGGCCGUCGGCGGUUGGGAGGACUGCCGACGCGACGAGGCAGUAGAGGAAGCCAAAGCCAUCUUUGAAGCUGCCCAAAUCCCCAAUGCAUGGCUGGAAAUCUGGUCACCUUACUCUAGGACCUCUCAUGUUCGUGUGAUCCUUCAGUUCCCCCCCAACUACAAAACCAUCCCUCAGCAGAGAGCUUUUCAGACUGAAGUCCUGGAGAAGCUGAAAAGUCGUAAGUGGACCAGCAAUGUGCCUGGGAAUGAGGGAAGGACCAUUUGGAUCCAACGCCACCGCAGCCCAGAGGACAGGGCUAAAAUCAGGGCUAUCGUCAGCGUCAAGGAAUUCGUAGAUCAGUUGACGUUUGGAGGAGGACUUCGCAAAAAGCAUGCCGAGAUUGACUGGAACACGACUUUCCUCUCUCGGAUCCGAGGGGGAACCACUCAGGCCCUCUCCAAAGUGACUGAUGUCAAGCCUCUCCUAACCGGGCUGGCUGUGCAGCGACAGGACUGUUUGCAGGUAUGGCAUGAGCAGCUAGACGAGCUUAGGGACCUCUUGCACAGCAUGCGGUACAUGGACCAAAUCACCGUUCUUGCAGACCUGAAUUUGGACCUCAUGUCCCUUCACUCAAACGAGAACGACGAGAGCUCUAGCUCCCGCAUCGACUACGUCCUUUUUUCGACAGGAACGCGGCAGGCCCUCUGGUCUGAAGUCUUGGAGGAUUCCGACGUCGUCCUCGGCUCUGAUCACAGAGCUGCAGGGGACUUCCACGCGGUAAGCGGUCAGGAAAAGGCAGCACGUGCGAUGAAGAACUUCUACAAAACCAAGUACACCCCCCUGGAAAUCCAGACGGUGCUUGACACUACUAAGGCAGGAAAAAGCACCGGGCAGGGGUCGUCGUAUUCCGCGGAGCUGUUCGCUCGCAUCUUAGACCAUUUUGCGAGCCCGUUGUUCCAUAAGUGGAAGGAGAAAUAUCCCACGUGGAUACAGGACGAACAAGGGACCAGCCUACAUGCUAUCCUGUACGCAGACGAUGUCGUGCUGCUCUCGUCGUCCCGAGAACAUAUGCUCGACAUGCUCCAGGAACUCAAGCAUACCUUCGCGACGAUAGGACUGCACCUUGCUUUGGACAAAUGCCACUUUAUAUGCAGUCCAGGGCUCGACACGACCCCUCUCCUUCUACCUGGGGUUGACCCUGAACUUGCGAUUAAGCACGCAGAGGCCUUCAUCUACUUAGGUAUCCUUGUCGGUUUUGGCCUCAGCUGUGGGACUGCUUUGUCCCGCCGCCUGGCUGCGGCAACCGGGGCCUUUUGGGGACAUAGUGGUUUUCUUUGUCGGGGGACGGCACCCCUCAAGAAACGUUUGCAGCUGUUCGAUGCCUAUGUCACAAACAAAUGGAAGUGGGCAAGUGCUGCCUUUCGACCCGUUGCUGAGGUCAAGCGACUGCUAGAUACCCUCCAGACCUCCCUUCUUGCAUCCAUGCUGCGUCCCGCAUAUGAUGGCCUGCAGGACAAGGUUCACGAUUGGGUCUGUAGAAGAAGGGCAGGCAGGUACACGGAGUUUGACUGGCGUCCCAUUACCAAGGCCAAAGACAGAGAACAGUGGAAAUCUUUUAUCAGUGACUGGAUCUCCUGCAACUAUCCCCACAGCACUGGAUGGUACCCACGCCUGGAAUUUGUUGAACUCCUAGGACCAGAAGCCGAGUCCAACCAAGGAGUGUUCAGAGUUUCCUCGGACGGAAGCUCCUCCGACUACGCGGGAGGGGCGUGUUUUGCUCUUGGCAUGCUCCUGAGUAUGUGGAAGAUGAGCCGAGACCUGCAGAGAGUGCAGCCCCAGCUCAACCAGCUCAUGGAAAAUAUCCGUAUCUCCAACACUCCUGUGAUCAUCUCUGAACCGGCAGUUUUUUCUGAUAGGGUGCAGAAGCAGGUACACACUGCUACACAGUACCUACGAAAUCAGAACGUCAUGCUGCAGUCGAUGAUCCUCCGGGUGCAAGACCAGAUCGAAAAAACCAUUCGUGGCCUUGGCGCGAGGGUGACAGCACUGACCGGAGCGGUUGACACUAUCGAACAAAUGUACGAGGCGACAGCUGGGUGCAUCAAUGAUGUCUUCCAGGCGAUGGAUGAUGUGAUGCGGAAGGAGAACUCGCUUUUCCAGGAACAUACGGCAGUUGUGGCCCGAGCUAUAAAGGACCUGGAAGUGACCUUCCGUAACACCCUCGCCACCCACAAGCAGAUGUUCGAAGGCUCUGCUUACCAGCUCAAAGCAAGCGAACGCCCUUUUCCCUUCCAUAUUGUGGCCAUGACACCCCUUGCCUUCCUCCAGAUGCGGAGCCUGUUUGGGGAAGUGGAUGCCCUGACUGGGCAGUUGCUACAGGGUUUGUGUGUGCUCGGACUCCUCAUGGUCGUCCUCAUCGGAGUCCGUGCCUUCGUGGACUCGAGGAUCAACCGGGUACAGCUCAACCUGACGCAAGCACUGUCUCACUACAUGCAGGAUGCAGACGCCAAGCGACAACAACUCGAAGCCCACGCUGAACGACUUCUGGAACAACAUAUUGGAGCUGUUUUGACUCCGCAAGCGGCCACCACAUUACUAGACGACCUCAAGACCCAGCUCUCUGGUAGCAUGGACACCACAGCUGGAGCCACGGUGGACCGCUUCAUGAAGAUGAUCCCGGAGUACGUGAAGACUAAUUUGGUGCAUGGAAUUCAUUACGUUCUGCAAGCCCAGGCCAACCCCGACGAUGGGUCGAUCCUUACCAAUAUGAGGAAGAUGUACCUUGCGCUACAGCCUACGCGCAUCCUGGCUCAGAACGCACAACAAGGCGUGCCUCAGUCGGCACUUGAUGACAUGCAAGGAUCGCUGCAACUCUGGCUGGAAAGUCAAAUUGUGCAGAAAGUGGACGCUGUCAUAGACCUGUUGGCAAAAGUGCAGGUCGAGAUGAGUGCUUUCAACGACACCUCGGGGGCCAACCACACAGCCCGUGUAUCCGCAGACCUGGAGAAGAUCAUCGCCUACAUCGAGCAACUUUUUGAGAGGCACGAAUCCCACAAAGACCGUGCAAUGGAGGCGUCGUCACAGUCCCACGCCUUGAUGAACCACAUCAAGCAGACGAAUGGCCUCGCCAACAGCUGCCUCAACCAAGUGAACCAGGUGAGCAACUCACAGUGGACGCAUAGCGAUCAACUGGCUGGAUUACAAGAGGGCCUGCGUGAGCAAGACGACAAGCUGAAGAAGCAGUCAGAUGCCUUGUCCAAACUACAGGGACAGCUGGAAAAGGUCAUCUUGAAGCUCACUCCUGCGAUGCCCACGAAAGCGCCCCCUCCGCCGGUACCUGGCACAUCUACCUCACCCUCGGGAGCAAGCUCAUCGACGCCAACACCGCCUGCGCCACAAGUUCCAGCACAAGCACCGACCUCGACGCCGGUGCAUCCUACAGGACCACCUCAGGCAUGCAGCCCACCGCAUGUUGGAACGGACCCACCGGUGAUUCGUCUGAGUGACCAGAUGGGCCCGCGUCAGCCGCUCCAGCUCUUUGACAGUUUGAAUGUGCCUGCCAGGUGGCCCCAGCCUACCUUUGACCCGAGAGACCCCAGGGCACAGCAAGCCUUGGCGUACCUCAUGGGGCUUUUUAACAGUCAGUAA